AUGGUUUCGUAUUUUGGUGAUGCCCUCAACCUAGGGUUAGGGCUCUGCUCUUCCAUCUGCUCGUUGUCUUCUGCCACCAUGAUCAUUCCUGUGAGGUGUUUCUCGUGUGGGAAGGUGAUCGGAGACAAGUGGGUGGCGUACAUGAAGCUGCUUAUGGAUGAGGUCCCGGAGGGUGAAGCGAUGGAUGCGCUGCAGCUGAAGCGGUAUUGCUGCCGUCGCAUGGUGCUCACGCACGUCGACCUCAUCGAAAAGCUCCUGCAGUACAACCCCAACGAGAGGGAAGCCAUCACGAAGGAGAGGUUGCAAGGAUGA